CAUUUUAAUUUUUGAAAAUUUUGGUGCAUCAUAGACCGCUAAAGGUGUGCUCGGAUAUUUCCGCCGGUUAAAGCAUUUUCAAUUCCUAAAUCUCCGUUUUCAACCCCAUCAACGAUAGUCAAAUUCAAUGCCUCAUUGUUUCAGUUCCAACUGCGCGUUUUCCCCCGCCGAUCUUCCACCACUUAUACAGUAAUAGUACUGGCAGUAACAUCGCCGUCGGAUGGAAUCGGCGAAUCCAAAGCCGGCGGUGGCGGGGAAUCCGAAGCUACUAUCGAUUGAGGUGGCGGAAGGAGUGGGCAUAGCUAGGAGGUGUUGGAUCAAGUUCAACAAGGAGGCCACUUCUGCGCUCUACACUCCAUUUGUGAUCUGUUUGGCUUCUGGAAAUCUCAACAUCCAGAGUUUCAGACAUUACAUCGCCCAGGACGUUCAUUUCCUCAAGGCCUUCGCUCAAGCGUUUGAGUUAGCAGAAGAAUGUGCAGAUGACGAUGAUGCAAAGAUUGGGAUUGGUGAAUUAAGAAAGGAUGUCCUGGAGGAAUUAAAAAUGCAUGAUUCUUUUGUCCAAGAAUGGGGAUUAGAAAUGGUCAAGGAGAGUACUAUCAAUCCAGCAACAUCUAAGUACACGGAUUUCUUGUUGGCUACAGCAUCAGGGAAGGUUGAAGGGGUGAAAGCUCCAGGUAAACUUGCCACUCCUUUUGAGAAAACGAAGUUGGCAGCUUAUACCCUUGGUGCUAUGACACCUUGCAUGAGACUUUAUGCGUACAUUGGUAAGGAGUUGCAGGGGCUUCUUGAUGGUAAAAGUAAUCAUCCAUACAAGAAGUGGAUUGAGAAUUACUCCUCCGAAGGUUUCCAGGCAUCAGCUUUGCAAACUGAAGACUUGCUGGACAAAUUAAGUGUUGCUCUGACUGGCGAGGAGCUUGCCAUCAUUGAAAAGCUUUAUUAUCAAGCGAUGAAACUUGAGAUAGACUUUUUCUUAGCUCAGCCACUUAGUCAGAAAACUGUCAUACCUCUUAUAAGAUAUCACGACCCAGCAGAACAUUGCCUGAUGCUAUUUUCUGAUUUUGAUUUGACAUUCUCUGUUGUUGAUUCAUCUGCCAUAUUGGCAGAAAUUGCAAUCAUGAAAGCUUCAAAGUCCAAUCAAAUUCAAUCAGAAAAUAAAAGCACUAGUAUGGCAGCAGCAGCUGAUCUAAGAAACACAUGGGGAGUUCUUUCCAAGCAUUAUAUUGAAGAGUAUGAUCAGUGUAUUGAGAACAUGUUAGUCACUGAAAAGGCUGAAAAGUUUGACUAUGAAGGUCUUCAAAAAGCACUUGAGCAACUCUCGGAUCUUGAGAAAAGGGAAAAUUUGAGGGUCAUUGAGUGCGGAGUGCUUAAAGGCUUGGACCUGGAAGACAUAAAACGGGCUGGGGAACGUUUGAUACUCCAAGAUGGUAGUACCAGCUUUUUUCAGAGUAUAAUAACUAAUGAAAAGCUUGAUGCAGACAUUCACGUCCUCUCCUAUUGUUGGUGCGCUGAUCUCAUUAGAUCUGCCUUUUCAUCAAGAGGGGGUUUAGAUGCUCUGAAGGUACAUGCAAAUGAGUUUAGGUACGAAGAGUCUUUGUCCACGGGGGAAAUAAUCACGAAGGUCGAGUCCCCUAUCGACAAGCUUCAAGUUUUCAAUAAAAUACUAGACAGCCGUGGCAAUGGUAAGAAGAAACGGACUGUUUACAUCGGAGAUUCAGUCGGAGAUGUGCUUUGUUUGCUUGAAGCAGACGUUGGGAUCUUGAUAGGCUCGAGCCCGAGUCUAAAAAGAUUAGGGGAUCAUUUUGGUCUCACUUUUACUCCACUGUUUCCUGCUGUGGUUGAGAAGCAGAAGAAAUGGAUGGAAGAAGAAGAAGACUCAUCUACUUGGAAAGGUCUUUCUGGUGUUCUUUACACAGUCUCUAGCUGGGCUGAGAUACACGCUUUUAUUCUCGGCUCAUAAUUUUCUUUUCUCUUGUAUUUCUUCUCACAUACUGAUAAUGUUCAUUUGGCUUUUUGGGAAUUUAGAUAAAUGUUCGUAUAUAAUACAACACAGAUACAUCUUGGUGGUC